AUGGCUCUCCCUUUAACUGCGGCACAUCGUAGAUAUAUCGUCAUUGCAGUCACAACUGUGCUGAUUGUGUCUUAUUUUAUGUCUGCGUCAAAGAACAAACCGUCGCCCUCCCUUGGAAAUAUGAUUCCACAAAUCUCUCCCCCUCCCCACAAAGCCAACACUACCUUGGUGAUAUUGGCUCGGAAUACCGAUCUCAGUGGCGUGAUAUCAAGUGUAGAACAGCUAGAGGCGAAGUUUAAUCGCAAAUUCAGUUAUCCCUGGGUGUUUUUGAAUGACGAGCCCUUUUCCACCGACUUCAAAAGGCGUGUCAGUGUGCUCACCAACGCAAAUGUUUCUUUCGGGUUGAUCCCCCGCGAGCACUGGGUCCAACCGGACUGGAUAGAUGAAGGACGAGCUCAGGAGGGACGUAAUAAGCUUGUGCGACAUGGUGUAAUUUAUGGCAGCAGUGUUUCUUACCGCAAUAUGUGCCGGUUUAACUCAGGGUUCUUUUUCCGCCAUGAACUCUUAACGCCAUAUAAGUGGUACUGGAGAGUAGAGCCUGAUGUUAGAUACUACUGUGACCUGGAUUAUGACCCUUUUGUAUUCAUGAAAGAUCACACCAAAGUUUAUGGCUUCACGAUAUCCAUGCCAGGUAAAUUCUCAUCUCUGAUGGUCAAUGAUGCCCACUCAGUUUGGUCAAACUUCGAGAUCGCAGAUAUGGAUUUCUGGAGGAGCGAAGCCUACACGAAAUUUUUCGAGCACCUCGACAACACAGGAGGGUUCUACUACGAGAGAUGGGGAGACGCACCUGUUCAUAGCAUCGCUGCGGCCUUAUUUACGCGCAAGGAUCAAAUACAUUUCUUCAAGGAUAUAGGUUAUAAACACGCUGAAUUCGCUCACUGUCCGCAGGGCAAACAGUGGCGGGAAGGACAUUGUUCGUGUGAUCCAAACGACAACUUCGAUUUUGCCCAAAAUUCGUGCCUGAGGCACUUAAUGCGGUUGGACGAUUAG